CUUUUCCUGCAGAUGAUUGACUACAACGUACCAGGAGGGAAAUUGAAUCGAGGUCUGUCAGUGAUCGAUAGUUACUUGCUGUUGAAAGAAGGAAGCGAGGUUACUGAAGAUGAAUUCUUCCUUGCUUGCGUCCUUGGUUGGUGUGUUGAGUGGUUUCAAGCAUGUGCACUGCUUCUUGAUGAUAUCAUGGACGAUUCGCAUACAAGGAGAGAUCAGAUUUGCUGGUACCGACGACCCGAGGUUGGUCUUAGGGGUAUAAACGACGGUAUUCUACUGAAAUGCCACAUCGCACGUUUGAUCAAAAAACACUUUAGAGAAAAGCCUUAUUACAUUGAUAUCUCCGAAUUAUGGAACGAGAUAGCUUUGCAGACUUCCCUAGGACAGAUGCUUGAUCUUAUUAGCACACAUAAUGGGGCAGAUGAUCUUGGCAAAUACAGUAUUGAAGGGUACCGCCGUAUUGUGAAGUAUAAGACAUCUUACUACUCCUUUUACCUCCCAGUGGCCUGCGCAUUGCUGUUGUCUGGUGCAAAACUUGAAAAUUUCAAUGGGUUAAGGGAUAUACUUAUUGAAAUGGGCAUAUAUUUUCAAGCACAGGAUGAUUACUUGGACUGCUUUGCCGAUCCCAACACCAUAGGCAAGAUUGGAACUGACAUUGAAGAUCACAAGUGUUCCUGGUUAAUUGUACAAGCUCUUGGCCAUGCUGACCGUAAUCAGAUUGAAGUACUUCAUAAUUACUACGGGAAGAAGGAUUCAGCUUCUGUUUCCAAAGUGAAGAGUACUUAUUCGUCUCUUGAUUUGAAGGAUAUCUUCUCCCAGUUUGAAGAUCGAGCUUACAAGCACCUGGUCUCAUCUAUCGAAGCCCAGCAUGACCGUGCGGUGCAGGAGAUCCUGAAAUCCUUUCUGAAGAGAAUCCACCGAAGGAAAAAGUAGCCAUAGUAAAAACAAAUGUCAUCAGUGUGGACCUCUGCUUGCAAUGA